AUGCAGCGAAUUCAGCAGGAAAACUGUUUUCUUUUUUCCGCUUUCUGCUUCGCGCCUUUUCUCCUCUUCGGCCUCGGGCGUCGUUCCGCGCCGCGCGUCAAAUUGCUCAUCCCGCCGAGGCGUGCCCAGCGAAGGGAUUUUCUGCGCUUCAAGUGUCCCCCGCUCACGAGUGCCUGGAACAACAGGUGCCUCCGGCGCGCCUCUCGUCUGUCUGCUGCGGCUCGUUCAACACCUGCGUCGCCGAAUCCUUCGGCCUUCUCUAGCCCAACGCCAACGAGCCCGCCUUCGCGUUUUUUGCGUGCGUCGCUGCUCUCCAUCUCUCCGCCGUCGCGGCCUCUCUUUCCGCCUUCCUCGCGGUGUUGUGCCUCUGCGUCACCACUGCCUGAGCUCACGGGCGCGCGAGCCUGGCCGGACGCGCCCGAGGCGGUCGCAGAGGGGCCCAGGGCCGAACGGGCGACGGUCGCGGCGCUGGCCCCAGAGCCUGUGCCGGGACUGAAGGCCCUCGAGGUCCUCACGGCUCCGCAUCCUCUCCUUCGCCGACCGCAGAUCGCCCACGCGGACUGGAGAGCCGCGGAAACACGCGCGACCGCUGAGCACAUGCUGGCUGUGAUGUAUCGAGAAGGAGGCGUUGGCCUGGCAGCUCCCCAAGUUGGGCUCGACGUCCAGCUCAUCGUGUGGAAUCCGACAGGCAGCCGCUUAGAGCGGUCUGCCGAGCGCGUGUUUCUCAACCCUCGCCUCGUGGCGCUUUGGGGCCCGCGCAUCUCCGAGAUCGAGGGGUGCUUGUCGUUUCCUGGCGUGUUCGCGCCUGUCGAGCGACCGCUGCACGCGCGGGUCGCGUACACCAGUAUCUCUGGCGCCGACCGCCUCGUUGACUUGUCAGGCUUGGAGGCGCGCAUCGUUCAGCACGAGAUUGAUCACCUUCAGGGGAUCCUCUUUGUGGACCGCGUCUCGAAGCGCGGAUGCGCGGUUGAAGCUGCGCGCCUCAUGAUGAGCAUUUUUGCCCUCCUCGAGCAAUGGCUUUACAGUUGUGAAGACAUACGUCUAUUGGGGCGACGAGCUCUCAAGAAACGGCGGAGUCGUUCUCACGCCCGCAGACGAGCGUUAGGAUCGUGGAUCUGCAUGAACUAA